AUGGAUUCCGCCAACAUUCGCACUCCUAUUUAUGACAUCCACGUUGCCGCCGGCGGGCGGAUUGUGCCCUUCGGCGGGUGGGAUAUGCCGGUGCAGUACCCUUCGGGAAUCAUCGCCGAAGUGCGGGCGGUGCGGACCGGUGCCGGGUUGUUCGAUGUCUCGCACAUGGGGCGGGUUUACAUCUCGGGGCCGUCAGCCACUGACUUUCUUGACCUCGUGGUGACCGGAUCGGCGGCUACGCUGGAAGUCGGGCGGGCCCGCUACUGCAUGAUCUGCAACGAGCGUGGCGGCGUCAUCGACGACACCAUCUUCUAUCGACUGGCACAGGACCGCUACCUGCUCAUCCCCAACGCCGGCAACCGCCACCGGGUGCUCGACUGGUUCGGCCUCGUCAUCGGCCAGCAAUUCGGCGACAGUGUGACACUGAACGACCAGACGAUGCAGACCUCGCUGAUGGCAUGCCAGGGUCCCACCGCUUUGGGGCUGGCACGGAAGUUGGCGGAGGGCGGCCUCGAGGGGCUGCGCCCGUUCGCGUGGACGGAGUCGCGGAUGUGUGGCGCCGAUGUGCUGGUGGGACGGACGGGUUACACUGGCGAAGACGGCGUGGAAAUCCUGGCCCCGGCCCCUGCCGCUCCCUCGAUCUGGGAGGCCCUGACCAAUGCCGGGGCAGUUCCCUGCGGUCUGGGCGCCCGGGACGUGCUGCGCACCGAGGCCGGUCUGCCGCUUCACGGUCACGAGCUGGACGAGUCCACCACCCCGGUUGAGGCGCAACUGGAGCGGUUCGUGUACUUCGAUAAGGAUUUCAUUGGACAUGACGCUCUGGCCGAGCAGCGGGAUAAGGGCACCCAAUUCACGCUGGUCGGGCUGCAGCUGCCGGGGCGGUCAGCGCCCCGGGCCACCUAUGCCCUCUCGGUCUUGGGCUUUCCGGCCGGCCAGGUGACCAGCGGGCUGUUACUCGCCCACCCUUGA